UUUACACACACCCUGUCCUUUCUCUUGCUCAGGAAAGUUGUUCCACUUGAUUGCUCAGUUUGCCUCUCGGAGCGCUGGUGCCGGGGGAAUUAUAAAGGCCAUGGAGGCGCAGCCAAGUCCCGGGGAGUCCGUGCCAGAUUUAAGCUGAUUUAAGGUGGUGCAGCCUGACUCUGAAACCUCUGGGACAACGGCUUUUUGAAGAAGCUGCUCUGUUUUUUGCCUGCUGAUUCGUGCCCCCACGGCCCAGGCAGGAUGGCCGGCGGGGCUCUGCAGGUCGCCGGGCUGCUCGUCGGGGGCCUUGGUGUUGUGGGCACGUUCGCCGUCACGGCCAUGCCCCAGUGGAGGGUGUCUGCCUUCAUCGAGCACAACAUCAUCGUGUUUGAGACCAUCUGGGAAGGGCUGUGGAUGCACUGCAUCAGGCAAGUCAACAUCAGGAUGCAGUGCAAGGUCUACGACUCAGUGCUGGCGCUCUCGCCGGACCUGCAGGCGUCCCGGGGGCUGAUGUGUGCCGGCUCAGGGCUGUCCCUCCUUGCCCUCGUGCUGGCCAUGGUUGGGAUGAGGUGCACACGGUGCCCACAGAGCCCCUGGCAAGCCAAAGGCUGCAUCCUGCUGGCUGCUGGGCUCCUCUUCAUCCUCUCAGGCGUCGUCGAGCUCGUCCCAGUCUGCUGGGUCGCCAACUCCAUCAUCAGCGACUUCUACAACCCUGUGGUCAACGUUGCGCAGAAGAGGGAGCUUGGAGAGGCCCUGUACCUGGGCUGGGUGGCCUCCUUCUGCCUCGUGGCCGCUGGAUCCACGUUCUGCUGCUCUUCCCGCUGCGCUGAGAAUCCCAGGAGCUACAGAUACUCAUCCCCGACCCACCAGUCCCCUCACAGCCAGCGCCUGCACAGCAAGGCCGAGGGAUCCUACUCCAAAAGUCAGUAUGUGUAGGUGCCUCCUGCCUUUCCCUGCUUCUGCAUCAUUGUCUGCCUGGAUGGAUGGAAACCUGCCUUUGCCUCCUGCCCCACAGCUGCUGCUCUUGGGGCCGUGGUUGGGAGCUGCAGCCAUCCCCCAGUGGGCUCUGCUGGGGCGAGGAUGCUGCAGCAAGGACAGUUUUAGUGCACGGGAAGGUGAAUUUUUAAUAUUGUUCUAAUAGUAGCUCGGAAUGGCUUUUGGGUUGCGUGGCUUUGCUUUGGCUUUGGGGCGCAUUUUAUGUGUUAAACAGUAAUAAAGGGCUUAAAAUUA